CUGCCGGUCACCCCCCCCCUGGUGGGCGCGGGCGUGGUGGUGGCCGUGGGCGAGGGUGUCGGCGACCGUAAGCCAGGGGACCGGGUGAUGGUGUUGAAGAGGUCAGGGAUGUGGCAGGAGGAGGUAACCGUGCCAUCAGCCCAGACUUUCCUGAUGCCUGAGGCCAUGACCUUUGAGGAAGCUGCUGCCUUGCUGGUCAACUAUAUCACCGCCUACAUGGUUCUCUUUGACUUCGGCAACCUAAGGCCUGGCCACAGCGUCUUGGUGCACAUGGCUGCAGGUGGGGUAGGCAUGGCAGCCCUGCAGCUGUGCCGCACCGUGGAGAAUGUGACAGUGUUCGGAACAGCCUCAGCCAGCAAGCAUGAGGUGCUGAAGGAGAAUGGGGUCACACAUGCUAUCGACUACCACACGACUGACUAUGUGGAUGAGAUCAAGAAGAUCUCCCCCAAAGGAGUGGACAUCGUCAUGGACCCCCUGGGUGGGUCAGACACAGCCAAGGGCUACCACCUCCUUAAACCCAUGGGCAAAGUUGUCACUUACGGGAUGGCCAACUUGCUGACGGGCCCCAAGAGGAACCUGAUGGCCAUGGCCCGCACUUGGUGGAAUCAGUUCAGCGUGACUGCUCUGCAGCUGCUGCAGGCUAACCGAGCUGUGUGUGGCUUCCACCUGGGCUACCUGGAGAGUGAGGUGGAACUGAUCAGUAAGGUGGUUACCCAGCUCCUGGCUCUGUACAAUCAGGGCCACAUCAAACCACGCAUUGACUCGGUCUGGCCCUUCGAUAAGGUGGCUGAUGCCAUGAAGCAGAUGCAGGAAAAGAAAAAUGUGGGCAAGGUCCUCCUGGUUCCUGGACCCGAGAAGGAGGCCUAGGGCGAAGGGCUAAGGGCCCUUGAGAGCCGGGACGGGAGAAGAUGGGAAGCCCUGUUGUGUUGCCCACCAGCCUCUUACAUUUCAUC